GAGAUCAGGUAAACUACGACAUGUGUAUAUGCCUUUUUGCCCUCCAAGUGUAUGGAUCAUAUGAAAGUCUACUGAACGAAAAAGAGACAAUAAAAGGAGUUUUGGAAAUGAUCAAGGGUUGAGAUUUGUUGCAAGACUAUGAUUUAUAUCAAUCUCCAAUAGUAUGUGGACAUUUAAGAUGCAAAGUUUUUUUUUUUCAAUAGUACAAUCUCUGGAUCAUUCAAGAAGACAAUAAUAUGUUCCAGAGAAGACAAAAGAAACUAGAAACAUCCUCUUCGUUUGAGUCAUCACUCAUCAUCUCAACUUUUUGUUUAUAUAAAUUCUUGAACCUACCAACCAAAACAUCAGAAGACCAAAUCUCAGAAAGCAAGAGUCCUUGAAGCAUAAUCCCAAAGAAGAACAUAAGCAUUGGCUGUGGUGAUGAAAAUGGCCUCUUCAACGUCAGCUUUGUCUCUCCCUCUCUCUAACAUCCCAACCUGUAUUAAUAAGUCCCAAGAGUUUCCAAAAUCAACUCAUCUAUCUAAAUCCAGCCAUAGUCAUAAUCCUCUUCUCAAAACUAAAACUCCAGACUCUAAACUCACCAAGAGAGCCUUGCUGAGCUUAACUGCCUUGGGGCUUACGUCACCUCUAGUAUUGGCUCAUCCCGCAAAGGCUGAACCAGAAGCUCCCAUCGAAGCUGCUUCCAACAGAAUGUCGUACUCGAGGUUUCUGCACCAUCUGGAAGAGAAUGAAGUGAAGAAAGUUGACUUGUUCGAGAAUGGGACUGUUGCCAUCGCAGAGAUCUCCAAUCCAGCGUUAAGAAAGAUCCAGAGGGUUAGGGUUAACCUUCCAGGUUUACCGGUUGAUCUACUCAGGAAGAUGAAGGAGAAGAACGUAGACUUCGCUGCUCAUCCGGUAGAUGUGAACUGGGGAGCUUUCUUGCUCAACUUCUUGGGGAAUUUUGGGGUUCCUUUGGUCUUACUUGGCUCUCUGCUAUUAGCAUUUCCUAGAACCCCUAGUGGACCCAACUUGCCUUUUGGCCUUGGAAGAAGCAAAGCUAAGUUUCAGAUGGAACCAAACACAGGGAUAACAUUCGACGACGUUGCAGGAGUAGACGAAGCCAAGCAAGACUUCGAAGAGAUAGUAGAAUUCUUGAAAACACCAGAGAAAUUCUCAGCCUUGGGUGCUAAAAUCCCAAAAGGUGUCUUGUUGACAGGACCGCCGGGAACCGGAAAGACUCUCCUGGCCAAGGCCAUAGCCGGAGAAGCUGGAGUUCCGUUCUUCUCAUUGUCUGGUUCGGAGUUCAUAGAGAUGUUUGUUGGUGUAGGAGCAUCUAGGGUUAGAGACUUGUUCAACAAGGCAAAGGCUAACUCACCCUGUUUAGUGUUCAUUGAUGAGAUUGAUGCUGUUGGGAGAAUAAGGGGAACCGGUUUAGGAGGAGGAAACGACGAACGUGAGCAGACGCUAAACCAGAUUUUAACUGAAAUGGACGGGUUUGCGGGGAAUACCGGAGUGCUCGUGAUAGCUGCAACGAACAGGCCAGAGAUUUUAGACGCUGCUUUGGUCCGACCAGGGAGAUUCGAUAGGCAGGUUUCCGUUGGUUUACCGGAUAUCAGAGGAAGAGAGGAGAUAUUAAAAGUUUACAGCAAAACCAAGAAACUUGACAAAGAAGUGUCUUUGAGCGUGAUCGCCAUGAGAACUCCUGGUUUUAGUGGGGCUGACCUGGCGAACCUCAUGAACGAAGCUGCGAUUCUCGCCGGAAGAAGAGGACAAGAGAAGAUUACCCCUAAAGAGAUUGACGACUCCAUUGAUCGGAUUGCCGCCGGAAUGGAAGGGACGAAGAUGAUCGACGGUAAAAGCAAAGCGAUUGUGGCGUACCAUGAAGUUGGACAUGCAGUCUGUGCGACAUUGACUGAGGGUCACGACCCGGUUCAGAAAGUAACAUUGAUUCCUAGAGGUCAAGCACGUGGUCUCACGUGGUUCUUACCGGGAGAAGACCCCACGUUGGUUUCUAAACAGCAGUUGUUCGCUAGAAUCGUCGGAGGACUAGGAGGCAGAGCCGCCGAGGAUGUAAUUUUUGGAGAACCAGAGAUAACCACCGGAGCUGCGGGCGAUCUCCAGCAAAUAACACAGAUCGCAAGACAGAUGGUGACGAUGUUUGGUAUGUCGGAGAUUGGUCCGUGGGCUCUAACCGAUCCAGCGACCAUGCAAAGCGACGUCGUUCUAAGGAUGCUCGCGAGAAGCUCCAUGUCCGAGAAGCUUGCCAAAGAAAUCGAUCAAUGCGUGAAGAAAAUAAUUGAUAAUGCUUACCAGAUUGCCAAGAACCACGUGAGGAAUAACAGAGAAGCCAUAGACAAGCUUGUUGAUGUCUUGUUGGACAAGGAAACCUUAACUGGAGACGAGUUUCGAGCAAUCCUGUCUGAAUACACUCAUCAACCGUUAAAAACCGAGGAUAGAGUUCGAAUCAAAGAUUUGAUUAGUGUGUAAUAAUACAAAUAAAUAAAAUAAUACUAUGGUAGUAUUGGUACUACAAACUUAAACUAGACUUUCACCUAUAAAAUUUUCAUACUAAAGUGUCAAAGACAAGAAAGUGUAAAUUCUCAUGGUGGUAAGAUAAAAAUCUACCUGCCCAAAGAGGACAUGAACCAAACCGGAUUGGGAUUUUUGGGUCUGUUUGUUCUGUGUCGGUCACAAACAGAAAAAAUAAAGUUUUUCUCUCCUAAUUAAUUUGGGUUUGUGUUUUUUUCUUCGGUCUUAAUCGAAUCAAUUUACUUGAGAGUUUCUGCGUCUUCAAUUGUUAUAUAUAUCGAGAGGCGGAAGAAAUCUGCAAUCUCAGGACAGAACGAGGACAAGUAAGUUGCUUUUUGAUUGGUUUAAUUGUAGGUUGACCUAACUUGUUCCGACAACAAGGAAGUUUGGGUUAAGACAAGGUUCUCUUUCAGAUGAAGAUGUGUGAUCUUCCAAAGGAUAUGGCUGAGGAGGUACUCUGUCGAAUUCCGGUGACAUCUCUGAGACCUAUCCGAUCUACUUGCAAAAAGUGGAACAAGUUGUCCAGAUGUGGCGUAUUUGCAAAGAAGCACCUUGCUCAUCAAUCAGAAGAAUCAAAGGAGGGCCGUCUUGUGGUCAUGAUGAUGGAUUAUAGGGUUUUUUUUGAUGAGAUUCAAUCUUUCCAACAAAUCAUGUGUAGUGGAGCGUGAAGCUAGACUUAUUGGCCCAGACGGUUCAGAUCAACUCGACGUGUGUGGAAUCUUUCACUGCGACGGUUUAUUGUUAUGCAUCCCCAAAGGUCACUCCAGGCUCGUGGUUUGGAACCCGUAUUGGGGGCAAAUCAGGUGGAUCGAGCACACACAUAAUUGCCACUUAGUGGACAAGUAUAGGUGUUCUUAUACGUAUGCUCUCGGUUACGACCGUAACAGUAAGUCCCACAAAGUCUUGAGAUUUAUUGAUUUUCUCUCUCAUUUUGUCGAGUUCAAAAUCUACGACUUCAGUUCUGAUUCAUGGAGGAUUCUUGACCUCUUUCCUCGAACGUGGAUGAUAAGUUAUGGUGAACAUGGCCUAUCUUUAAAGGGAAACACCUACUGGUUUGCUUCAGAAAGACCAUCUAUCAAUGGUUUCUUAGUCUGUUUCGAUUUCACAAGAGAGACAUUCGGGCCGCCUUUGUCUCUACCGCGUGUAUCUUAUUUUCAAGAUACCGUGAGUCUAUCUAGUGUUAGAGAAGAUCAGCUUGUGGUUUUCUUCCAGACCUGGGAUAUAUUGACGUUUGAGAUCUGGAUUUCCACUAAGAUUGGUGAUGACCCUAACGCCGUGUCCUGGAACAACAAGUUUUUCUUAUCGGCCAAUAUCAAACAACUCAUUCACCCUCAGUGGUAGUUUCCUGCAUCUGCGAGUUUCUUCAUUGACGAGGAGAAGAAAGUCGCCGUGGUUUUUGAUAAAGACACAGAUAUACGAAACCCCACUCGCGAAGUAGCUUACAUCAUUGGAGUAGAUGGAUCCUUGAAAGAAGCAGCAGAUGUCAGAGAAUGUGCAGACCGUUAUUGUGAUGCAUUUCUUUGCUCAUAUGUUCCAAGCUUAGUGCAACUUAAUUAAUUAGCUCCCCCACCUAUUUAUUUUACUUGUUUUGUUUCCUUCCUCAUCGAAAGACUAGUGUACUACUCAAUAAUACUCAUAUUGUUAUAAAAAUAACUGGAAUUUUAUUGUAUCGCGAGAAUUUGAAUAAGGACAAAAUUUAUACC